GCCGCGUCGCCCGCCCGUCGUUGCGCGGAUCGUCCCGCCAACAAUGGAGGGGUUCUGCUUCGCGCGGUGCCGGUUCACGCGGCUCAUGGCGGCAAUGCAGCUGGUGCUGGGCGUGUUCGUCAUCUUCGUCAGCAUGGCCAGCCUCCACCGGUUCUACGCCACCAACAGCCUCCUCCCGGGCCUCGAUGACCCCGCCCUCUGCGCCAAGUUCCACACCGUCGCGGGCGCCAGCGGGUACGCCGGCUUCGACAUCCGCGCACUAGCGGACCGCGUCGACGACGUGCUCGUCCAGCUCGCCGAGCUGCAGGAAAAGCUUGAGGCCACGGCGCUCAAGAUCGCCAAGAAGUCCAAGAAGAGCAAGGCCCGCCACAAGCAGCCGGAGAACAUGACCAUGCCGGAGUUCAGACACUUCCUCGAGGACGAGGUCAUCCACCCGCUCUACAGCGCGCACAUCGCGCUCCGCCUCAUCCGCAUCCCGCGCCCGGACCCCGACGGCGGCGACGGCGACGCGGCCGGCCCGGCCGUAGACCCGCUCGUCAACUUCUUCACGGCCGAGGAGACGCGUAAGUACGUGACGGCCAAGGGUAACCGAGACGGCCUGCCGAGCGUGUACGGGACCAACCGGACGUACGGAACCAUCGGCCAUGCCUGCGUGCUCCUGCGGCAGGAGCUGGACGAGUACAUGAGCUACGACGUCGGCUCCCACUGCCCCGACGACUGGGACCUCGGCCAGCGCCUAAUGCUCGGCGGCUGCGACCCGCUGCCGCGUCGACGCUGCCUGGCCCUCGCCUCCAAGUUCUUCCAACGCCCGCUACCCAUCAACGAGUCGCUCUGGACGCUCCCAGACGACGGCAACGUCCGGUGGAGCCGCUACCACUGCCGCGGCUAUAAGUGCCUGUCCGCCAGGAACCAGCGGCGCGGCUACGACCGCUGCGUGGGGUGCUUCGACAUGGACCGGGAGAGGCAGCGGUGGGUGGCCGCGGCACCCAACGGCACGGCGUCGUCCCUCGCCGACUUCCGCAUCGACGACGUGCUGGCGGCAAAGCCCGGCGAGGUGCGCAUUGGCCUGGACGUGAGCGUGGGCACGGGCAGCUUCGCGGCGCGCAUGCGGGAGCGCAACGUGACCAUCGUGUCCGCGGCGCUGAACCUGGGCGCGCCGUUCGCGGAGACGAUCGCGCUGCGGGGGCUGGUGCCGCUGUACGCGACCAUGAGCCAGCGGCUGCCGCUGUUCGACAACACCAUGGAUCUGAUCCACACGGCGGGGUUCUUCGACGGGUGGGUGGACCUGCAGCUCCUGGACUUCGUGCUCUUCGACUGGGACCGCGUGCUCCGACCCGGCGGCCUGCUCUGGGUCGACAAGUUUGCCUGCGCGCGCAAGGAUCUCGACGACUACAUGUACAUGUUCCUGCAGUUCAGGUACAAGAAGCACCGAUGGGUCGUCUCCUUCAAGUCCAAAGACGAGGUCUACCUCUCCGCGCUGCUCGAGAAGCCACCAAGAUCAUGAUCCAACAUCCAUGCACAUCGACUCAACCAUUGGUCAGUGAAGGAGUAUAAGUGAACUGUUAAGAGAUAUACAGAGUACUACAUCUGGUUGUUUACCUGUACUGAUGAGCUUUGUAAUUUAGGGUCUGAUGAUUCAGUUUCAAUCUAACUUGCUGAUGAAUAAAUGCAAAUGUUUCGAAGUGGGUUUCCCA